UUCUAUCAUUAUUUUGCUUGCAUGCUAAUUUACUACGUAAUAUAUCACUGAUACAUCAUAUCAAUAAAAUGAAAACAAUAUAUUGCUAAUUAGGAAAAUGGUAUAUCGCUUCUUUUUAGACAGCUCAUCUUCGCCCCAAGAGCAAUCCAACCGUCUAGAUGAGGCUAAGCAAGCAAGUUGGUGGGCCACCAUAUUUCCUUCACGAUGAGUACAGCUAAAUUGCACAGCAGAAGAAGAGGCGCCGCCCGAACGAAGGUCUGAAAGUGAAAAACCCACUUCUAAAAGGAUGUCAACAACGAGAAACAGUGAAGCGAGUCAAUCUCGGCCAAAAACCUAAAUUUGCCGUCCUAGACAAAUCUUCACGAAGAACCAACGCUUCAGCCACAUCAAUCGUGUCAAAUAGGGAAUGAAUUUUGUUGAAGUGAAAAGGACACAACCUUCAGAAUCCUAAAUAGUUAUCCCUAAACCGACAGCCAUAGAAGGCCAGAGGAAAGAGGCAUCAGUUUUCACAUUGUACAAACCGAUCAAUGAAACCCGUCUAUGAAAAUGGUAUAUCACUUAUAGCGUUUAUGACAAAUGUAAAAAUAGUCUAUUAUUGAUAUACCAGGGUAAAUAAGAUACAACCUUUCAGCACGAACUAAACGAGAAAUCAUGAGUUGGUGUCCCAAAGUAUCAAAUGGAAAUGUCCAAAUAGGCAGGUAAAAAAUUUAAAAGAAAAAUAAUAUUUGUCCAUGGCCAUAAAGAAGUGUUCCAGAAGUUUCUUGCAGAACUUGUUAUAUAUAGAAAGUGGGGCACAAAAAUGAAAGAAUAAAUUCCGAAAGGAUGGCCCGGGCCUAGACUUUUCUCUUGAACCUGUCUAUUAAUAUUUUAUAUUUUAACUAACGCCAUCCAGUUUCAAUCACUACAAGACAAACUUCAUUUUUCAUCCGUACAAAAUCAGACCCCAGUUGCAGACCUGCAGUUGGGAUUUGAAGAGCUCACAGAAAGUGAAAGAAUGGCCAACUGCAUUUUCCAAAUUAAACAAAAUAAUAUCACUCUUUGCGUUUGGUUUAACUAUUUUCUUUUCAAUGGGUUUAAUUUUGAGAUGGGCUCCAAAAGUUUGAAAGAAACAACAGUAGAUUUUUUUUUUUUCCUUCUGGGGUUUAUGUUUAAUACGUGCGAUGGGAAAAAGAGACGUUCUUACGAAGAAUUGAAACCGCGUUUGUCCUCUCGCAAUCAUCACUUUGGGCUUCUGUCAUUUCCUCGCCAUAACAGGUCAUUCUCUACUGAAUUCUUUCGAAUUUCGCUGCCAUUUUAGUUAUUGCCUCUGAUCAGCGUCUCCAUUUUCAUAGCUUCACCUGCCAACUCCAUCCCUCUCCUCUCACUUGAACUGUAAUCCAUUUUACAAUUUUGGGCAAUUUUUUUAGGGGGGUUUCUUGUUCCAACAGAUUAUUCAAUUGACUCCAUUAUUCUUCUUAUUCGUUUGUUUGGCAGCUGUUUCUAUGAAUCCUCAAUACCCAGUAAAGGAGGAGAACUGGGGGCCGAGCUCGCCGGAGGCAGGCGGCGGUUAUGGCUCAUCGGCGACGCCUACGCCGGAACCGAUGGAGGGUCUAUACGAAGUUGGUCCACCGCCAUUUCUGAUCAAGACAUUUGAGAUUGUGGAUGAUCCAAGUACCGAUCACGUUAUCUCUUGGGGCAGGGAAGGCGUCAGCUUCAUCGUAUGGGAUCCUAAGGCCUUCUCUGCAAAUUUGCUGCCUCGAUUCUUCAAUCACAACAACUUCUCAAGCUUCAUUCGACAGCUCAACACUUAUGGUUUUAGGAAGAUAAAUCCAGAGAGAUGGGAGUUUGCAAAUGAAGGAUUCUUGAGAGGCCAAAAACAUCUUCUUAGGACCAUAAGGAGAAGAAAACCACCAUCCUCUGAGCCUCUGCCUAUGGAACAAGAAGCCGGUCCCAGUGUCGAACUCGGUCGGUUCAGACUGGAUGCCGAACUCAAUCAAUUGAAACGGGACAAGCAAGUGGUGAUGAUGGAACUGGUUAAGCUCAGACAUGAGCAGCAGAAUACAAGAACCUAUCUAAAAGCAAUGGAGCAAAAGCUGCAAGGGACAGAAAUGAAACAGCGGCAGAUGAUGAAAUUCAUGGCAAGAGCAAUUCAGAACCCGGGCUUCAUUCACCAACUAGUCCAGCAGAAGAAGAAGAGGGACAUAGAAGAGGCUGCAACAAAGAAGAGGAGGUGGCCCAUUGAUCAAGGACCCAGCAGCUCCAGAGGCAGUGAAGGCAUCUCAAACCCCAUCAAGAUUGAGCCUCUGGAAAUCUGUGGAUAUGAGAUAUCUGAACUGGAAGCACUUGCUUUGGAAAUGCAAGGAUUAGGCAAGGCAAUGAAGAAAGAAAGAGAAGUAAAGGAAGAGUUGCAGCCUUCAGAGAGUGGAGAUACAGAGCUGGAUGAGGAAUUUUGGGAAGAGUUCUUCAGUGAAAGAACAGACGAAGAAGAAGAAGAAGAAUAAGAAGAAGGUAUGAAAACCUUGAGCGAUCGCUUAGGCUAUUUAAGUUCAAGCCCAACCCCAAAGUAAGGUAGCUGGAAACACACAUCUGCAUUGCCAUUUUUGCAAUUUGGUUCAAAGAAUUUUCAGAUCUCCAUUUCUUCUGGGUAAGAAAAUGCUUCCCACUUCAAAUCCUUAACGAUGUCCAAAUAAUAUUCCAUCAAAACCCAUAACUCUCUUGUGAUUUGCUUGGCAUUAACAGGAUGGGAAAUCUUGGCAAGCACAGUAAUAAAAGGGAAACUGUCUUUUCCUCUCUCUCUCUCUCUCUCUGCCUUUCAUUUUUCCUAUAACAAAUCAAAUCUCCUCCUCAUUUUUUCUCCUGGCUUUAUUAGGUUGCAGGGUUGGAGAGAGACUUUGGUAGCCACAUCAUGAUUUUGAAUCAAGCUAAGGUCCGUUCCCUUUCACAAUUGAACUACUGCAUUAAGUUUGAAAGUUUCUCGCAAUAAACAACGAAUUUGUGUGGCCUGAAAUGGGCGAAGUUGGCAGCAGAAGCAGCCAAAUUGGAGGUGUUAGGUAGCUGAUCAAGUUGAUUCUCAAUUCUCCUUAGCAGUUGGUAGUUAAGUGGGUCGGUCCAAUUCUUUGUUUCUUUAGCUCUGUCSUUUUGCUUGCUUUUUAAAUGGUCGGUGUCGCAUCUGAGUUUUCAUUGUCAUGCCACUCAAAAAAUCCCAGAUAUUUUCCCAUUCCCUUCACUGCCUUACAACCAUGACCAAAUACUACUCCAUUCAUUGGACCAUACCACUACUUCAUUUUUGUUGAUGUGAUUUUGUCUUACGUAUUAGAAGGAAAAGAAAGAACAUUAUGAGAUCUUGCAGGGGGAUUAUGUUAUUGCAUGUGAAUGAUCAUUAUGUGAAUUUACAUUAAACCUGGGUUUGUGUGAGAAAUGAGAUUUUGAUGUUCCGAAAUAGAACGAUUGAGUUUCUUAUGUGAGAUUGAGAUUUGUAGAAUGUGAUUUAGGUUAUUUAUUUAUUAUUUAAGGUCUAAUUGUGUAUAUAGUAUAUUUCUUUAUAGGCUAGUUUAGUUCAUUGUAAAUGUUAAUUAAAUGUAUUAAUAAUUUUUCACCGGAAUUAACAACUUUUCCGCGGGGCUGUUUGGUUG